AACUUUCGUGGUGGUCGUGCGAAGUGUAGUUUUUAAUUUGUUGAUUUGUUUUAUUAAACUUUUUCCUUUUAUUGGUGGAGUAAAACAACUUAACUAGGUAAUUGACUACAAUUUGUAAUAUAAAAUAAUAAGUUUUUGACACGAACUAAACCGCUCAUUGUUACAAAAAUACUUGUGUACUUGGCGUUGUUUAUUUUCAAAACCCGUAAAUUCCUGAAGUGUUUACGCGUUGUUUUUGGCAAUGGCUGGUAAAAUUUACUUGUUCGUUGCACUCGUGUGUGUAGUGCCGAUAAUAUACGCGUGUAAUGAGGCGAUUUGUGCGAGUGUCGUGUCUAAGUGCAUGCUAACUCAGUCGUGCAAGUGCGACCUAAAGGAUUGUUCAUGCUGCAAAGAUUGUUUCAACUGCCUCAGCUAUCUCUAUAGCGAAUGCUGCAGUUGUGUCGAUAUGUGCCCAAAACCAAAUGACACUCAAACGGAGCUAUCAAAGGCAUCCUAUGUAGAAGAACUCGGUGAUGGUGUCCCUGGCCUAUUUUCGGCACUGACCAGUGACCCUGACCCGCAAGAGAGAUGGCUGUCCAUCACAUACCCUGUGGACUUUGACCUUCAUUCCUUCCAACCAGCUUCGGACAACAAACUUGUCUACCACUUGCAGAGCUUGGAACAGGAGGCGGCACCUGAGCCCCGCUCGGUCGUCACCUUCAACUGCACUGUGGCAUAUAUGUCCCAGUGUAUGUCCUGCGACAAGUGUCGCGCCUCUUGCCGCUCCAUGGGCGCCAAUAGUAUACGUUGGUUCCAUGACGGAUGUUGCGAGUGUGUGGGAGACAAAUGCUUGUACUACGGCAUCAACGAGAGCAGGUGUCUGGCAUGUCCCGGCACCGGCGGGAAGGGAACAACGGAGAAUGCAUUAGAAGAAGACCUCUCGUACGACGACUUAGAGUAUGGAGAAGACGUCGACGCUCAGUCGGUGUAGACCACAAAGUUAUGACGUCAUAUCACAGUGGCAGUGUACCUACGCUAUGAAUAUAGGGUGGUCAAAAACGCCACAUCGAAGCAAUUCAUCUAAAAUAGCAAUAUUGCAAUUUGACAUUUGCUCAUAUAAAAGUAAGUGCGCAAUGCACACAAAUGUCAAAUAGCAAAUCAAAUCAAAAUCUUUAUUUGUGAAUACAGACAUACAAAAGGAUGUUACUCUAUGGACAAAUGUGGUUCCUAUACUUGACAUUGACAGUAAUGGUUGUCUCUACUCUAUGACGACCGGUUGACAUACAACCAUAAAGUUGAAGUUGAAGGAUAUUACAUAAAAUUAUUAAAAUCUCUGUAUUCAUCCUGUUAGGCAUACAAAUAGUGGCUUAUUAUUUAAGUAGUAGUAGCAAUAUUGCAUUUCUUAGAUGAAUUGCUUCGAUGUGGCGUUUUUAAUUCCUAGGGGGUUAUUAUACAACCCAAUCCACCGCGACCCGUACGUCAAGGUGACAUCGAGAUCAGGACAAACGACUUUACACGUUAGACAAAGAAUCAGAAUUUCAUAAUUUAUCUUGAACCUAGUAGACGACCCAAUUGGGCCAAUUGUUAAUAAUAUGUCCGACAUUUCAUCACGUUUUUCUAUGACGUCACAGUGUGCUUUUUCAUACAAAUUCCAUAGUCAUUUCGUGUUUUGACGUUAAGUAAAAAGUAACUGAUUUGACUAGUUGGAAACUACCCUAUUUGCUAUUAGAGUACACGAAGCUGAUGUGACCUUGACGCAUGGGGCAGGAAGGAUUAUGACGUCACAGAGUUAUGACGUCAUCGUGGUUAGGUUACUCGACGAGUAGUCGGAAGCGACUACGAUGCUACGACGUCAUCGAUAGGGUAAGUUAGACUUAUCUUGGAGGGAAUUAUUUGGAAAGUACAUACUGGUUUUGACAGAAACGUUUAACACAAUAUAAG